AUGAAGGUCUUGUCCAUCCUCACCGGUUUUGCCUUUAUCUCUAUCUCCUCGGCAUGGGAUCUCACCUUUUAUGACGAAAAUUACCACAAGCAUCCCGCUUCCUCCCACCACAUCCAUGCCUCUGGGACAGAGGACGUCCGCUGCAACAACGUUCGAUCCGACGGUCCCCGAUUCGGCACCAUCGUAUUUGACGCAAAUACUCCUUUCUGGCCAGACCCGAGUGUAUACACUGUGUACUCCGGCGCUGAUUGCAAAGGGAAAUCUUACACUGGGGCGCCAGGAGCGGUUGAUCUUGGCUCUCCAAUGGUGAUUAAGAGCUACAAAUUGCAUUAG